UCCGCGCCCACAGCCCGGCACCGGCCGGGACGGGCGCGCAGCCGGCGAGCCGCGCCGGGGAUACGGGAGCGGAGCUGCGCGCCGGGGCCUCCUCGCUGCCUACGCCGACACUGGGCAAGAAGUUGUCUGCUACAAAGGAAGAAAGAAAAGUAAGCUUGCAUUUCAGACUGCUUUUUGAAUAUCUUUCUAAUACAGUGGUGUUCCAGAAGAUGAUAAAGAAAUGAUAGCAGCUCCAGAAAUACCAACUGAUUUUACUCUCCUUCAGGAGUCUGAAACACACUUCUCUUCUGAUACAGACUUUGAGGAUAUUGAAGGCAAAAACCAAAAACAAGGCAAAGGCAAAACUUGUAAAAAAGGAAAAAAAGGACCAGCAGAGAAGGGAAAAAGUGGAAACGGAGGAGGGAAACCCAGUGGUCCGAAUCGGAUGAAUGGACAUCACCAACAGAAUGGUGUGGAAAACAUGAUGCUCUUUGAAGUAGUGAAAAUGGGCAAGAGUGCUAUGCAGUCAGUAGUGGAUGACUGGAUAGAGUCAUACAAACAUGACCGAGAUAUAGCACUUCUUGAUCUCAUUAACUUCUUUAUUCAGUGUUCAGGCUGCAAAGGAGUUGUUACAGCAGAGAUGUUCCGACAUAUGCAGAAUUCUGAAAUAAUCCGAAAAAUGACUGAAGAAUUUGAUGAGGAUAGUGGAGAUUAUCCACUAACUAUGGCUGGCCCCCAAUGGAAAAAGUUCAAAUCCAGUUUUUGUGAGUUCAUUGGAGUACUCGUCCGACAAUGUCAAUAUAGCAUCAUAUAUGAUGAAUAUAUGAUGGAUACUGUCAUUUCCCUGCUUACGGGGCUGUCAGACUCACAAGUCAGAGCCUUUCGGCACACUAGCACACUGGCAGCCAUGAAACUGAUGACUGCUUUAGUGAAUGUGGCAUUAAAUCUAAGUAUUAACAUGGACAACACACAGCGGCAGUAUGAAGCAGAAAGAAAUAAAAUAAUUGGGAAAAGAGCUAAUGAUAGGCUGGAACUCUUACUACAGAAGAGAAAGGAGCUUCAAGAAAAUCAGGAUGAAAUAGAAAACAUGAUGAAUGCAAUAUUUAAAGGUGUUUUUGUGCAUAGAUACCGAGAUGCAAUUGCUGAAAUAAGAGCCAUCUGCAUUGAGGAGAUUGGAAUAUGGAUGAAAAUGUACAGUGACGCCUUCCUCAAUGACAGCUACUUAAAAUAUGUGGGGUGGACUAUGCAUGACAAGCAAGGAGAAGUAAGACUCAAAUGCCUAACUGCUUUGCAAGGGCUUUACUAUAAUAAGGAGCUUAAUUCCAAAUUGGAACUCUUCACCAGUCGGUUCAAGGAUAGAAUUGUGUCUAUGACUCUUGACAAAGAAUAUGAUGUUGCAGUCCAAGCAAUAAAAUUACUCACUCUUGUUUUACAGAGUAGUGAAGAAGUUCUGACUGCAGAAGACUGUGAAAAUGUCUACCACCUGGUUUAUUCAGCUCAUCGGCCAGUAGCAGUUGCCGCAGGGGAAUUUCUUUAUAAAAAUGGAGAUUAUCCACUAACUAUGGCUGGCCCCCAAUGGAAAAAGUUCAAAUCCAGUUUUUGUGAGUUCAUUGGAGUACUCGUCCGACAAUGUCAAUAUAGCAUCAUAUAUGAUGAAUAUAUGAUGGAUACUGUCAUUUCCCUGCUUACGGGGCUGUCAGACUCACAAGUCAGAGCCUUUCGGCACACUAGCACACUGGCAGCCAUGAAACUGAUGACUGCUUUAGUGAAUGUGGCAUUAAAUCUAAGUAUUAACAUGGACAACACACAGCGGCAGUAUGAAGCAGAAAGAAAUAAAAUAAUUGGGAAAAGAGCUAAUGAUAGGCUGGAACUCUUACUACAGAAGAGAAAGGAGCUUCAAGAAAAUCAGGAUGAAAUAGAAAACAUGAUGAAUGCAAUAUUUAAAGGUGUUUUUGUGCAUAGAUACCGAGAUGCAAUUGCUGAAAUAAGAGCCAUCUGCAUUGAGGAGAUUGGAAUAUGGAUGAAAAUGUACAGUGACGCCUUCCUCAAUGACAGCUACUUAAAAUAUGUGGGGUGGACUAUGCAUGACAAGCAAGGAGAAGUAAGACUCAAAUGCCUAACUGCUUUGCAAGGGCUUUACUAUAAUAAGGAGCUUAAUUCCAAAUUGGAACUCUUCACCAGUCGGUUCAAGGAUAGAAUUGUGUCUAUGACUCUUGACAAAGAAUAUGAUGUUGCAGUCCAAGCAAUAAAAUUACUCACUCUUGUUUUACAGAGUAGUGAAGAAGUUCUGACUGCAGAAGACUGUGAAAAUGUCUACCACCUGGUUUAUUCAGCUCAUCGGCCAGUAGCAGUUGCCGCAGGGGAAUUUCUUUAUAAAAAGCUUUUCAGCCGCAGAGAUGCUGAAGAUGAUGGAAUACUGAAAAGGAGGGGAAGACAAAGUCCAAAUGCUAAUCUUGUGAAGACAUUAGUGUUUUUCUUCUUGGAAAGUGAAUUGCACGAACAUGCUGCUUAUCUUGUGGACAGCAUGUGGGACUGUGCAACAGACCUCUUGAAGGACUGGGAAUGUAUGAACAGUCUUCUGCUGGAGGAGCCUCUCAAUGGAGAAGAACCUUUAACAGACAGACAGGAAAGCGCCCUGAUAGAAAUCAUGCUUUGUACAAUUCGGCAGGCGGCUGAAUGUCAUCCUCCUGUGGGAAGAGGAACUGGGAAAAGGGUGCUGACAGCAAAGGAAAAGAAGACCCAAUUGGAUGACAGGACAAAAAUCACUGAGCUUUUUGCGGUGGCACUUCCUCAGUUGCUAGCAAAGUAUUCUGUAGAUGCAGAAAAAGUCACCAACUUACUGCAGUUGCCACAGUACUUUGAUUUGGAAAUUUAUACAACAGGGCGAUUAGAAAAGCAUUUGGAUGCCUUACUGCGACAAAUUCGGGAUAUUGUGGAGAAGCACACAGAUAUAGAUGUUUUGGAAGCCUGUUCAAAAACCUACCAUGCUCUCUGUAAUGAAGAAUUCACAAUCUUUAACAGGGUUGACAUUGCAAGAAGUCAGUUAAUAGAUGAAUUGGCAGACAAGUUUAAUCGACUUCUUGAGGACUUCCUGCAAGAGGGGGAGGAGCCUGAUGAAGAUGAUGCAUAUCAAGUCUUGUCAACACUGAAGAGAAUCACUGCUUUUCACAAUGCUCAUGACCUAUCAAGAUGGGACUUGUUUGGCUGCAACUACAAGCUAUUGAAAACUGGCAUUGAAAAUGGAGACAUGCCAGAACAGAUUGUUAUUCAUGCACUGCAGUGUACUCAUUAUGUAAUCCUUUGGCAGCUAGCGAAAGUUACUGAAAGCAGUUCCACAAAGGAGGAUCUUCUACGUCUGAAGAAGCAGAUGAGAGUGUUCUGUCAAAUCUGUCAACACUACCUGACCAAUGUAAAUACUGCUGUUAAGGAACAGCUAGAUGGACAGCAGGAUGAUGAAGCCAGCAAAAUUGAAGCAUUACACAAAAGAAGAAACCUGCUUGCAGCUUUCUGUAAGCUCAUUGUAUAUACUGUGGUGGAAAUGAACACAGCCGCCGACAUUUUCAAGCAAUAUAUGAAGUAUUACAAUGACUAUGGUGAUAUUAUUAAAGAAACGAUGAGUAAAACAAGGCAGAUAGACAAAAUCCAGUGUGCUAAAACACUUAUUCUUAGCUUGCAGCAGCUCUUCAAUGAAAUGAUUCAAGAAAAUGGUUAUAAUUUUGACAGAUCAUCACCAACAUUCAGUGGUAUAAAGGAGCUUGCUCGACGUUUUGCUUUAACAUUUGGAUUGGAUCAGUUGAAAACAAGAGAAGCUAUUGCUAUGUUACACAAGGAUGGCAUAGAAUUUGCUUUUAAGGAGCCUAAUCCACAAGGUGAGAGCCACCCACCAUUAAAUUUGGCAUUUCUCGAUAUUCUCAGUGAAUUCUCCUCAAAACUUCUCAGACAAGACAAAAGAACAGUGUAUGUUUACUUGGAGAAGUUCAUGACCUUUCAGAUGUCUCUACGAAGAGAAGAUGUGUGGCUUCCUCUCAUGUCCUACCGAAACUCCUUAUUAGCCGGUGGGGAUGACGAUACCAUGUCAGUGAUUAGUGGAAUCAGUAGUCGAGGAUCUACAGUAAGAAAUAAGAAGACAAAGCCAGCAACAGGCAAGCGGAAAGUACCUGAAGCUGAAGAAAGCAGCAGUAGUGACAGUAUGUGGCUGAACAGGGAGCAGUCAAUGCACACACCAGUCAUGAUGCAGACACCUCAGCUCACUUCCACGAUAAUGAGGGAGCCCAAGAGAUUGCGACCCGACGAGAACUACAUGGGUGUCUAUCCUAUGCAGCCCGAGCACCACCAACCGCCGCUCGACUACAACACGCAAGUAACGUGGAUGUUGGCUCAAAGGCAACAGGAAGAAGCCGCGCGACAACAACAGGAGAGGGCAGCGAUGAACUACGUCAAGCUGAGAAGCAACUUGCAACACGCCAUUCGACGUGGCACAAGUCUAAUGGAAGAUGAUGAAGAGCCAAUUGUUGAAGAUGUGAUGAUGUCAUCAGAAGGGCGGAUUGAAGAUCUUAAUGAAGGCAUGGAUUUUGACACCAUGGACAUAGACCUACCACCGUCAAAGAACAGGAGGGAACGAACGGAACUAAAACCAGAUUUCUUUGACCCCGCUUCAAUCAUGGAUGAAUCGGUUCUUGGGGUGUCAAUGUUUUAAUACCAGAGCAGCAAAUAAAUCAGUGGUGAAGUCAUUUUCUAAGUGGAAGAGGAAGUUUUUCAAUACAAAAUUGUGGUAGAUACAGUGAAAUUCUGAACAGAUUUUUCUCUAAGGAGAAUGACAUGCUUUCAAGAUCAAGUGCAUUGAAGGGGCAGUUUUGUUUGCCUGAAAGAAAAAAAGAAAUGUAAAGGACAAGUAAACAAUUUGAGGAUAAGCUACACUUUUUGUUGGGAAAAAAUUCCAAUAUUUUAUUUAUGUGCUAUCAGUUUAUUUCUGGAUCAUAAGAAGUAUUCCCUCUGAGUUUUAAUCUUAACAGUGUGAGAGGUGUUUGGUACAGAUUUGAGCCCCUCUCUAUACAUUUGCUGGCUAUACUAAAUAAUCAUGAGCUCUGCUGGAUUGCUGUUCAUGUCCAUGAGCUGUAAUAGUAGAUGGAUUGGUUUUCUCACAGUGUAGAACGAACCAGAAAAGUUUGUCAGUAUUUUCAAUUAAAUGCAAACAUCAGCAACAGAAGGUUUGUAUCAAUUAAUCAUGGAAAAAAUACAUAAAGCAGAAUUUUAACAGCUUUUUAAUCUAAAACACACUUUUUAUUCCAAAAGCUUCAUGUUAGCAUUCUCAGAAAGGUCCAUAAGCUGUAAGCUACCAGAACGUAACAGAUUUCACUCUUGCUUGCCCAUUACCAACCCUGAAAGUUUGCUUGUCCUUUAAGAAAAAUGUAAUGUUGUGAAAUUCCUUCCAGUAGUGCCACUGUAUUUUGUCUCCAAAUAAAAGAAGCUUAUUGUAGUAUGUUUGCAGAAAAAUUCUAAACAAAAAUUAUACAGCUUAUUAGAGUGUGGGAAUAGGGAUCUAAAUUUUAAAUAAAAUUAUAUAUAUAUAUAAAUUGGUGCUGAUUUUAUAAUUGCGCAGUUUGUUUAGUUUUUUCUUACUUUUAAAUUCCAACUUAAAAUUAUGAGGUUUCAGAAAUAUAUUGAAAGUUUAACAAUGUUUAAAAAUAGAAGAGCAUGAGAAUUCAUGCUUUAAAAAUGAUUUUUAAAUUUGUAUUUUAUAUUGUUUUAUCUAUCUGUCUUUGCAAGCAGUCUUCAGGUUAAAGAUACUUCUAACAGGUUACAGUACAUUUCCUCUAUAUGUAAAUUAGAUUGGAUAAUAGAAACUCAUAAACAACCCAUAAUAUUCUUUGAAAGCUAAGCUUUAAAUUUCAUUUUUGUGUCCAUUCACAAAUAAAUUAAAUUUGGUCUAAAACAGAAAGUGGAUCUAUGCCAUUUUGACAUUGACUCAUUUUGCAAGGCUUAGGCAGCUAGACAUCAUUUUAAAGGAAAUAUUAACUUAUAUUACAUAUGUAUAUUUUUUGUCAGUUGUCUCUCAGUUCUUGAGGUAUAUUAUUUUAAUCAUUCCAUGCCUUAAUACGCUUGCAAUACAAGAAUCUCCCCAAAUGGGUGAAUACAAAAAGGCUUCCUGUUUUUAGACUCAGAAAUUAAACAUUCGGCUGUGGUAGCCAAAAACCAUAGAUUAUCUAAAGGAUCAUGAUAAAAUAUAAUUAUUUUACUAGGUCAUGGGGUAACAACAAAAUGAAAACUAGAUCUGCCUAACUCAUUUUACAUAAAUAAAUACUCUCAUGUCUAAAAGUACUGCCUAUAUUGUUUUCCACACCACUGCAUUUAAUAGAACUGCUGAGAGGACUGUAUAUAUGAUUUUAAACUUAAGUUGAUUUUUCUUACUCUUGAAGGAGUGUUUCUUUGUGAAAGCAGUUCUUACAGCUUUGUUUUCAACCAGCUAAAAAUGUUUUAUAUAUUUACCUUAACCUGUUGUCCUCCACAUUCUAUUGUCCUAAUUGUACUGUUUUCUGAUUUGUAUUUAUGUCUUGAGACAGUAACUUUUUGAAUAAAAAUAAACCUACAGUAUGUUGUAUGUUUGAUCUUUUUAAAUUGGGGUUAUGGGAGGACAGUGAAGAAAGGGGUAUGAGUAAUGCAAAUGUUAUGUUUAUAGAAAUCAAAACCUUUUUCCAUGUCUUUUAAGUGUUUGUCUCAGAGUUGGGAUAAUGUAUGAAAAACUGCACUGUUUUAUAUUUGUAAUAAAUUGUACAAGUUUUUAAAAUGUGAAUAAAGCACUAAUUGGGUAAUAAUUUAAAGCAGAAAAGUUAAUGCAAUCAUGAUUGUUUUAAAUAUGCUUUAAUUUGAGAUAAACUUGUUAACAGAAUUAGUGUAAAUACAGAGUGAGCUUUUGAAGAGGUUAGUACCUGCAAAUAAAAUUUUUAAAAUUUGUAUAGAA